GCCCUUAUUACGAAGCUUUGGUUUACCUAACUAUUUUUUCAAAUAUAACCUUAUUUCUGGCGAAUUAUGUUUAGUCCCCCAGUUUACCUCUCUGUAGGUGAUGAGUAUGACAAGCAUUCCACACAAUCCAGGCCCCAUGCCAGGGAUAAGAAGGCUUUUGUUGUUGCUGCUAAGCGACACCCUUGGGUUCAGGACGCAUGCUUCAGCAAAUUCAUCUCUCUCUCUGCAGGCGACCCGUAUCGUUCCGUUGGUUUUGGAGGUCCUUUCCGAGCGCAAGGCUCUUCGACAGUGAAGUCAGAAGCUAAAGAACAGAAGCUGCCUUUUCUUCCACCUGGGGUUCCACACAAGAGCAGUGGCAAGGGUGACUACUAUGGUACUUUUUCCGAAAAGAACCCGUAUAAGCAUGAAACGGAGUUUCAACUCCAGAAAAAGCCAGCGGAUUAUGUACCCCCUCGGCCGAACUUUUAUACAAAUCCACCAAAAAAGGGUACUUAUGGCUUCCCGGGCUUGUCAAUAUGUAGGGCUGGGGAGGUGCAGUAUGUAUCUGACCCGUACGACGGCAGUCGUAGGCAGGAAACUCUCAAAAAUGUUGAAUCUAGGAAGGAUAUGGCUGCGCCGUUUUGUGCUCAUGUGCAUAGUGGCGGCUACUUCGAUAAAACUGAGCACGGUUUCAGCAGCGUAUAUACUCUGACAAAGCCUCUGCCCCCUAAAAAAAUGACUGAUUCGACGUUCCAGUCUCGACCAGCUGAGCCAUGGGUCCCCGCUUGUGUCUUGAAGGAUGGCAUAAAUAGAUUUCCUGAAUAUCAAGAGGACCCGUACUAUUUAAAGGAGCGAAAUAUACGUCUGACACAACAGAAAGAGCGUGAGUACAAGCCAUGGUAUCCGUCUGGCAACGAUCCGUAUCGUUACAUUUAUACGAAGCCGAUUCCGUACGACCCACCGGCGUAGGACAACAAAUAAGAGAGAGAGAGAGAAAGGUUGCAUGGAGGAUAAGACAUUUGAUAUGGUUUCGCAUUUCUUCGAAUCCUUUUUCAAUACUCUUUUUCUGCAACUAGAUCCUUUCUUUCUAUGUCUUUUAAAAGCUUCCCGUUGUAGUUUCAAUCUUAGAUAUUCCGUCUCUUGUAAUGGGUAAAUAGAAGCUAUUUUAAUUUAGCUUAUACAAACAUGCUUAUUUUUUCACUGCUUUUUAUUAGCACUGAAAACGGCAAAACGAAGAUUUCCAUGCAACUUGGAUGCUUCAUUAGAGUGUGUUCACCUGGUUUAAAUAUUCUGAAUCCGAAACAUUUCCUUGCUUCAGGGUUUGAAUUAAAUUAUUUUCACUCUGAGAAGAAAAUGUGAAUCUUCCAUGUAAAUAUAAAUGUACGCUUGUUCUUACUUUCUCUUUUUUUAUCCAAGGAUGUAUGUGCAACCUUCACGUGCAAAAAGGGGAAAAGCUUGAAAAUCUGUCUGUCUUUGUUUUCUGCAUGUCUUGCUGAAGGAAUAAUUUUGGGAUUCAACUGGUGAUAGACGUGUAAAAAGGGAACGAUGCUCUACCAUGUGCAGCCUUUCUGUGUUCCAACCAUUGCGCUUUUUUUUUUUGCAUCAUCUUCCGUAUUAUCAUUUUUUGUUUAAAUAACAUACCCAAAGGCCUGUUAGAACGGAUUGUUUUUUUUUUCAUACUUCGUACAUUUUUGUGCUAUUUCCUUAUCUUAAAAAGGUUUGUGUGUAGAUGUUACAAAAUUAAAUGGAAAAUACUGCAUAGUAAUGCCUGGUGCGCCGCCAUGCAAUCGGAUUUUAGAACAUGGGAUGUACAUGCUAACGAUAAAGAUAGGACGGAUGUACUGAAAUACAUAAAACCCUAUAAUGAAUAGCCUUCCAAACUUGACGAAUUGUAUUUUCAUACUGCUUGAUCAAAAGGUGUAGGUCUACCAUCUAUGUGCGAAAGGCAACUAGAGAGUCACUCAUUAUGGUGUGGUUUCCUUAUCAGACUAACAUUUCCCCACAAAAUUGACGCCGGAUUGAAAUAUAAUCUGAAUUUUAUUCUCAUUACUUUUCCUAGGGUGUCAUGCACCCGUUAUGCACAUAAAGAAGCUUCUCUGAACUCGUAUCUCAUUUUACGUGCAGGGGAACAUCAACCCAGUCGUACAAGUCGCUUUCUUAUCGUGCGGAGGGAGGAUUUUUCGGUGAAAACUCUUCUGUAUUUUUACUUUGUGGAAGUAAAAUGUGGUAAUUGCAUAGUAUGUGAUAAAGCGACCACUGAACAUGAAAAGGAUGAUUAGUGAAUAUGAUAUUUUUUUUUCUGUUAUUGAUAGUGAUCAUUUUUUCUCCAAUGGGGGUGUGGAAGAAGUAAAUCUGAAGCGACUAUUUUGAACUAGAGAUCCUUAUGUAUCUUCCAUGUGAAAAUACGUUCUAUGAAUUAUGUUUAAAAAUUUCUAUGGGACGACUGGUAACAGUAUACAUCUAUUUAUCAGUAUAGCCCUGGAUAAGGGUUUUAAGGAGAUGAAUUGAGCGCAUAGGGGUACCAUAUCUACACGUACGCA